AACCGUCAGACAUUCAUUAAGUCUUCUAUAGAAUUUCUGAGGAAGUAUAACUUUGACGGGCUGGAUUUGGACUGGGAACACAAGGGAACUCCAGAGACACGUCCAGAAGAUAAGCUGAAAUUCACUCUACUGUGCAAGGUUAAAACUAAAAUGUUUUCAAAUAGGGUUCCAAGAGUUUUCCAAUGGAUCAGGUCAGAAAGACACCUCAUCUUUGUAAAAUUUUAGUGGUACAUGUCAGAUAAAUAUAUACCAUACAAACAUUUGGGGUCUGUAAUAUUUUUGGCAAAGCAGAAUUUUCAGUCUUCAGUGUCACAUGAUUCUUCAGAAAUCAUUCUAAUAUUCUGAUUUGGUGCUCAAGAAAUAUUUCAUAUUAUUAUCACAACAGUUGUGCUUAAUAUUAUUGUGGAAACCAUAAUACUUUUUUCAGAAUUAGGCCUAUAGGAUAAUAGAAAGUUUAAAGUAACAGCAUUUGUGUUAUAUAAGCACAAAUAUUACCAAAUUUAUUGAGGUUUAUGCUUAAAACAAGAAAAAAAAAAAAAAUGCUAAAGGACUAAAUAAACCCUUGUUUUAAAAAAAAAAAAAACACCUUUUGUGAAACUUUAGGAACUUCUGGAAGCAUUUCUAGCUGAAGGCAUGUCAAACAAAGAUGCAAGACUGAUUCUAACAGCAACUGUUUCAGCACAGAAAGAAGUUAUUGAAAGGAGCUACAAUAUUCCAGAGAUCUCAAAGUAUUUGGACUUUAUUAGUGUCAAGACAUUUGAUUUUCAUACGUUUAAAGACGGCAUUGCGAGACAUCACAGUCCUUUGUACAGUGCCGUCCAUGAUGAGGAAAAUAUCAACUCAAACACCGAUUUUGCCCUACAAUACUGGAGAUUCCAGGGAGCUCCUGCCGAGAAGUUGUUGAUGGGUUUUGCCACAUAUGGACGUUCCUUCAUCCUCACCUCCUCUCAGAAUGGAGUUGGUGCCCCAGCCAAUAACUUUGCUUCUCCUGGACCUUAUACACAAGAGAUGGGCUUGUGGUCUUACUUUGAAAUAUGUCUUUUCAUACGUGGUGGCAUAGUACAGUGGAUAGAAGACCAGAACGUUCCUUUUUCUAUUAAAGGCAGUGACUGGGUGGGCUUUGACAAUCUGAGGAGCUUUGAGAUUAAGAUAAAAUACUUACAGGAACAUAGCUUUGGAGGUGCGUUUGUAUGGGCUCUAGACUUGGAUGACUUUUCUGGAUCUUUCUGUGGACAAGGCAAUUAUCCUUUAGUCAACAAUCUAAAGAAAUUGUUAAUACUUGGUGAGCUUAUUGGAGUGGAAUACCUUUACCAGCAAACUGGUAACAUUCUGCAGGACUACAAGUUGGCCAUUGAAGAGUUAGAGACCACUGAGGUUGUUAUAGAGGAGGAUGAAGGUUAUGCUGAACUUGAGGAGUUUCAGGACAUCACUAUCCCCACCUUUGACACAGAACGGACACCUGCUGCCUCUUCACAAGCAUCAGUGUCUGCAGCAUCUGCAGCAUCAUCUCCAACCCCUCCAGCAACUAGCCCCAUGUCAUUACUGUCUGUGGUCCCUCCAUCACCAGAAUAA